UUGAAACCCAUUCGAUAUCGCACUAUACUCUAUCGGCCUGCUCGUAGCAUUUAAUACCUCCCACUCACCGGGCUCGAUUACUCUAACAAGUCAUCUCUGGACACUACCUUUGCAACGGACUCAAUACAGCAGUAAUACUCACUCAGUCGGCCAGGCUCCCGAGCAAUGGCUCGCCGAGACACUCGCUCACCAUCUCCGACAGGAAGCAAUUACUCUAAGCGCGUGCGCCGAGAAGAUGACCGGCAUCGUGAUGGCAAAGAUCGAAGACGGAGCCGGUCCCGGAGCGCGGAUCGGAGGCCGCGAGACCGUGACGACAGACGACGAAAUCGAUCGGUAGACAGACACCGUGGUGGCGAUCGGUACGAUGAUUCUAGUUACAGGCCGGGACGACGAGAUCGCUCGAGAGAACGGAGACGGUCAAGGUCACCUAGGGACCGGCGAGAUCGUGAUCGCGAUAGAGAUCGAGGUUUUAGAAGCCGACGAGACGAUGACCGCGAGCAUCGUCGACGCAAUUCGCGAGACCGACGAGAUGAUGACCGGAGAGGCGAUCGGGGGGCCAGUGCAAAGGCGGCUGAGGAAGCCGCCGCUGCCACCAAGGCCGCUGAAGAAGAGAAGAAGAAGGCAGAAAAGUUAGCAAAACUCGAAGCUUGGAAGGCCAAGCAGGUAGCGGAGCGUGAACGUAAGCAGAAAGAAUCCGCUGCACUUGGAACCAGAAAUCUACUCAAUGAGAUGGAUCGAAAGGCCGCCGGAUCUCCCUCAGUCGGGUCACCUAGCUCUCCAGCUCCUACAAGCGGUCCCGAUUCACCAGCUCCUUAUACGGGGAAGUUCGACCCGAAAGCCAUCGCUAAACGAGCACUUGGAGGGCAUGCGAGCAGUUCUUCGGCUCUAGGAAUUGAUGUCCCGGUUCCGGUAAAGCCAGGAUCAACGACAUCAAUCUCUACCGCAGGUGCUACAAAGGGAGUUCCAGCGAAAGUCGGCAUGGGACCCCCUCAAGGAGGCUCUCUCAAACCGCUCAAAGCAAGUGGUAAUGUCAACCGAUUCGGUCUUGGGGCGAAAGCAGACAAAUCCGAGAAAAAAGGGACUCUCAAUUUCGGCGACGAGGAAUCGACGAAGCGGAAGCUAGAAAAGCUUCCAACCCUUCCAACCCCCGAUUCUACUGAAACCAGUGCUGCUGAAGGCAACCCGGCAGAGGCGGAUGACGACGAAGGGGAAGAUUUUGCCGAUGCUGGCACGGAAGAGGAGGCCGCAGCCGCAGCUCGUGCAGCCGCAGAGAAGAGAGAAGAGCGCUUGCAAACCGAGAAUACUGAAGUCGCUCCAGGGACUGAAAAUGAUGUAGAUAUGCAAGAUGCUACUGGCGCCGAUGUACAGGACGAGAUGCAAGUCGAUGAGGAUGUCGACCCUCUGGAUGCAUUCAUGGCUGAUCUAGGCGAUGAAAAACCGAACGCUGCCAAGAAACCGGCAAAAAGAAAUGCGUUACAAGAACCUCAGGCAAUCUUCGGGGGCGACGACGAUGGCAUGGAUGCAGUCGAAGCGGAUGAAGAUAUUUUAAUCGCGGCUGCAAGCAAGAAGAAAAAGAAGGAGAUCCCCACCGUCGAUCAUGCGAAGGUGGACUAUGAACCAUUCCGAAAGGAUUUCUAUGUGGAGCUGCCAGAGCUACGUGAUUUGACGGAGGAAGAAGCUGCCGACCUUCGGCUCGAGCUGGAUGGCAUCAAAGUUCGCGGCGUUGAUGUUCCAAGGCCGGUUAGGACAUGGACGCAGUGCGGGCUCGGAGUACAGACUUUAGAUGUGGUCGACAAGCUAGGCUACGAUGCACCAACCGCCAUUCAAUCGCAGGCAAUCCCAGCGAUCAUGGCGGGCCGAGACGUUAUUGGUGUCGCCAAGACGGGCUCCGGGAAGACCAUCGCUUUCUUGAUGCCAAUGUUCCGGCACAUCAAGGACCAGCGACCGUUGUCUUCGAUGGAGGGUCCGGUCGGACUCAUCAUGACCCCCACUCGAGAACUCGCGACGCAGAUCCACCGCGAAUGCAAGCCAUUCCUCAAAGCCCUUGGUCUCCGCGCCGUUUGUGCGUACGGCGGCGCUCCGAUCAAGGACCAAAUCGCGGAGCUGAAGCGAGGUGCCGAGAUUGUGGUUUGCACUCCUGGCCGUAUGAUCGAUCUGCUUGGCGCCAACUCCGGACGGGUUACGAAUCUGAGGAGAGUUACAUACGUGGUGCUGGACGAAGCGGACCGAAUGUUCGACAUGGGAUUCGAGCCACAGGUCAUGAAGAUCAUGGCGAAUAUUCGACCCCAAAAACAAACCGUGCUCUUCUCCGCCACGUUCCCUCGGAACAUGGAAGCACUCGCACGAAAGACCCUGAAUAAGCCGGUCGAGAUCAUCGUUGGAGGAAAGAGUGUCGUCGCCCCGGAAAUCACGCAGGUGGUCGAAGUCCGUGAGGAGAAGUCGAAAUUCUUGCGACUAUUAGAGCUUCUGGGACAACUGUAUGACACGGACGAGGAGGCACGCACUCUCGUCUUCGUGGACCGUCAGGAAUCGGCCGAUGGACUCCUGAACGACCUGAUGCGCAAAGGAUACCCUUGUCACUCUAUCCACGGUGCGAAAGCACAAGAGGAUCGGGAUUCCAACAUCCAAGAUUUCAAGGCUGGCGCCGUCCCCAUCCUCAUCGCCACCUCGGUCGCGGCCAGAGGGUUGGAUGUAAAGCAGCUGAAGCUGGUUGUGAACUACGACUGCCCAAACCAUCUGGAAGACUACGUACACCGAGCCGGCCGGACUGGGAGAGCAGGCAAUACGGGUACCGCCGUCACGUUCGUCACCCCCGAGCAGGAGCGCUACUCGGUCGACAUCGCCAAGGCCUUGAAACAAUCCGGCCAACCGAUCCCCGAAGACCUGGGGAAGAUGGUGAACGACUUUAUCGACAAAGUCAAAUCUGGGAAAGAAAAGGCUAGCGCGUCUGGCUUCGGCGGCAAAGGUCUCGAGAAACUGGACCUGGAGCGCGAAUCGGCUCGCAACCGCGAACGGAAAGCCUACCGCACCGGCGACGAGCCCGAAGAGGAAGAGAAGGACGAGGGCAAAGAAGAAGAGUUGUUCAAGAAAGCCAUCGCGAAAGCUGCGCCUACCGCUACCGCCACGUCCGCUGCUCCCGCCCACGACGCCGACGCCGGCAAGUCCCUCCCGUUCGAGGAAAAAAUCGUCGUCCACAAGACCGAAGUCCCCUCCACCACCGGCUCCACCGCCCUCGACCGCGUCCAACAAGCCGUCCAAAGCAUCAGCAGCCGCCUCACACGCCAAGGCACCGGCUCCGGGCAACCCAUCGACAACAAAGGCCCGGAUGCCGGCGCGUUCCACGCCCGCCUGGAGAUCAACGACUUCCCGCAGAAGGCGCGGUGGGCGGUCACGAACCGGACGAACGUGGCGAAGAUACUGGAGGCGACAGGGACGAGCAUCACGACGAAAGGGAAUUACUACGGGGCGGGCAAGGAACCGGCCGCCGGGGAGCAUGCGAAGUUGUAUAUUUUGGUGGAGGGGGAUACGGAGGUGGUGGUGACGACGGCGAUGAGGGAGCUGUGGCGGUUGCUGAGGGAGGGGACGAUGGCGGCGGCGGAUUCGGAGUCGAGGGCGCCGGCGAGUGGGAGGUACAACGUGGUCUAGACGAUUAUGAGGUCGUCCUGGCAUUCGAUGCUGAUUCCGGAAUUCAGCUGGGGUUUGGACAUAUGAAAAACGGGCGCGGAUGGCUGGUAAAACGCCGUUAUAAUAUUUAUACCUAUACGCAGCGAUGAAUGCAGUCCGUCAUUGUAC